ACACCGUGUAUUUGUGCUCCUUAUGGUUAUGCUAUCUGCACUAGUCCUGGAGUCAGAACCAUGGUGGAGUAGCCGUCGUCGUCGCACAGAAUGCUCUUCGCCACCAAGGCCAGCCUACACCUCAAUGCCGCGCUGUGACCGCCGUGACCCCCCCUACCAAAACUUGGAUCGAUGUUACUACGAAUGCAGUCCCGGGUGCUACCGUGUGGACUCUAAAUGGUUGCUAAACUGGAAAACCUGUGACGGUGGACACUGGACUGGGAUCGACAUAGUCUGUGCGGGAUGCUGCUCGUUGCCACCAUGGCCGAAAGACACCUACAUGAACUGUGGCAUCUCCUAUGCUGAAGCCUACAAAGAAGGGACGGUGUGCUCCUACUAUUGCAGCCUUUAUUGGCACAUUCCAGACUACGGCAGUACCACCAGGACCUGCUCUAAAGGAGUCUGGACAGGGACCGAUAUGGUCUGCAAACGGAAAGAAGGAGAACCACCAGUCUGCUCUUCGCCACCACGCCCAGCCAACGCUAUAAGGAAGUACUGCUCCUCGAGCCCCCCGACCUCACAUGGGGUCUAUUGUCGGUACGAGUGCAUUCCCGGGUACUUUCAUCGCGGCGGGAAUAUCCUAAGGACCUGCGUGAAUGGAGUGUGGGAUGGACGCGACACGGUCUGUGUGAGAAUGUGCCCAUCACCGGCAUACACAUCAUCCGACCCGAUCUACAUAUUAGACGACGUCCCGAUAUACAUAUCGUCCGACUACGGCAUACCGAUAAGCUUCGCCACCAGGAGCGACUGUCACUUCCCCUACCUACAAGGAGCGCGCUGCUCUUUCCGGUGCAAUCCUGGGUUCAUUCCACUUUAUGGCAGUAACACCAGAACCUGCUCUAAUGGAAAUUGGACUGGAACCAACCUGGCCUGUUGGCAAACUGGGCAUCCCUUUCAUUGGCAAUUUUACCAGAAUCGGCAAUGGGACCUGGACUGAAACCGACCUGGUCUGUAUAUGAGAUUUGAUUCAUCAUCAUCGGUCGGCUGCAGAGUAGGCGACUGCAAGCUUUCUCCAGUUCCGUCUAUCGACAGCGAGUUGGCGUAACUGCCUGGGGGUGAUUUGACCGUGAUGAUCUCCCAUUAGCCGUUGGAUGUAUUGCAGAUAAGUCGUAGAUCUGAAUCAUAUGACUCCCGUGUAUUUGUUUUUCACAAAGGUUACGAAGAAACAACCAUCAUGCUUGAGACCAGUGUGACAUUGGAGCAUGGGUUACUGUUAUCACGAAGCCAACCAAACGGUCCCUAAAACUAAACCCGAGCUGCACUUCAACUGCGGCUAUUGGUAAAGCAGUACGUAGUAUGUGCAAAAGAUGCUCUAAUCUUCAAUAUGUUCGUCUAUUCAAUCAUUUAUCAACUGCUGAAGAAAAUGCAUUCAUUAUUAUCAGAUUGUACGGCAUUUGCUGAAUAAUAGAACCCCAUCUGAGUAAUACCGGCUACAAAAAUGACUGUAGCUUUUAAUGUUUAUGUGGCCAUUGCCAAUUGUUAGUAUGCGUUGCUAGAAACCUAGUAUACACAUUGUUUUACGUAUUCAAGUCAACUUCUAUACAUAUUGUAUUACGUAUACCCACUUAGUUUAACAUUCAUAAUAUAACACGUUGCGGCUUCAAUAACUUGAAAAUAUGCUACAUAUGUAAUUUCGCCAUUACAUCAGUAUAUGGACAUAUACAUUUUAUUCUACGUUAAAUUUUCACAAUUUGUAUAUGAGUUUUCCACCAUUGAUGUCAUGUAAGCCCAUGUUGGGUCUCAAAUCGGUACU